GUGGCCAUGGUGCUGGUUCUGCUGGUUGCCAUCCCCUUAUUGGUUCACACCACCAAAGGGGGCGCGUCUGGGGGCGGGAGCACCCACUAUGAGAUGCUCGGCAGCUGCAAGAUGGUGUGUGACUCUUUCACCCCCCCACAGGGAAGCCACGAGCUGACUGCUGUCUCCCCCCAACCCCCAGACUUCACAGGGAGAAGGGGCAAAUCUGGGUUUCGUGGGAGCCCUGGACCCCCUGGCCCCCUAGGCCCCAGAGGUCCCCCUGGAGAACCAGGCAAGCCAGGCCCCCCCGGGCCCGCCGGCCCUGGCCCAGGGGGCUACGUCCCCUCCUUCUACAGCCCCAAGAUUGCCUUUUAUGCAGGCCUCCGUAAACAGCAUGAAGGGAGUGAAGUGUUGAGGUUUGACGACGUGGUGACAAAUGUGGGGAACUACUAUGAACCCAGCACUGGCAAGUUCACCUGCCCCCUACCUGGCAUCUACUUCUUCACCUACCAUGUCCUGAUGAGGGGCGGAGACGGGACCAGCAUGUGGGCCGACCUGAAGAAGAAUGGACAGGUGAGGGCCAGUGCCAUAGCCCAGGAUGCUGAUCUGAACUAUGACUAUGCCUCCAACAGUGUCAUCCUGCACCUGGACGUGGGGGACGAAGUGUGUGUGCAGCUCGAUGGGGGUAAAGUCCACGGAGGAAACACCAACAAAUACAGCACCUUCUCUGGCUUCCUCAUCUACCCUGACUGA